AUGUCAGAUUCAAAGGGCGGCGCCGGCGGGAUGGGCAUGAACAUGGUGACCACGGUGAUGGCCUUCUCGGUCAGCGCCUUCUUCGUGCUCUUCGUCUUCACCAGGCUGCUCUGCGCGCGCCUCCACCUAUCCAGGGCCAGAGCGGCCGCGGCCGGCGACGCCGUCGUCGUCCAGGGCUACAACGUGGAGCGCGGCAUCCACGGCCUGGAGCCGUCCGUCGUGACGACCUUCCCCACCGUCAAGCUCGGCGACGGCGGUGGCCAGCAACCGCCGCCGGUGCAGGAGGAGUCGCAGUUAAGAUAUCCAAGCCUUUUUCUCUUGCUCUUCCUUGAUGCUCGUCUUGGUACCUGA